AUGACCUCCGAAGGAACGCUUGUGGAUCUGGACUUCGGAGACACAAGCAGCAGUAAUCUUGUUGGUACCGUCAUCAUAUCAAACGGACUCACGUCCCCGAUCCUUGCAGCCGGAAACGGUACUCUUCACAUCGACCCAAGGUCACCACCGCAGGCCCUGCAGGCGCUCCGCGAAAAGGCGAAUCAACUAUCGGUCGUUUCCGGUGCGCACGAACAUCUACAAUCGCCAACGUUGCAUCCUGCAUCAGGCAACGGUGAACGAGACGUAAACGAUGCGAUCGUGAACGACCUGCUACCGCCAAACUCUGUACCGUUGUUUGGCGUUGCGGCAGACAAUAAACAGAGCGUAAACAACCAAAGUUCGUCGCGGCUGUCUGCAUCUUCAGCCUCGACCGUGGCCACCACCGUAGUGGACACCGGGGACGGUACGCCGCUCGUGCUGCCGGACGUCAGCUUCGAAGGCAUCACGCUGGAUUCCGGCAUCGAUCGAGAAUCGCAACCCCUGCUGGGGUCGCGAGAUCAUGAGAUUACGUACAAUCAAUUUCCCGAUGAUCCUCACUUCAGUGAUCUAGUGUACUCUGCAGAAAUAGCGAUCGAUGCUGGCAUCUAUCCGGAACGUAUCUACCAAGGAAGUAGUGGAUCGUACUUCGUCAAGAAUCCCGCCAAAAAAGUAAUUGCCGUUUUUAAACCAAAAGAUGAAGAACCGUACGGGAGGUUAAAUCCCAAGUGGACCAAAUGGAUGCACAAGCUGUGCUGUCCAUGCUGUUUUGGACGCGCCUGUCUGAUACCGAACCAAGGGUAUCUCUCGGAAGCCGGAGCUAGUCUAGUGGACCAAAAACUAAACCUAAAUAUCGUACCGAAGACGCGCGUUGUACGGCUGGUCUCGGAGACGUUUAACUAUCCGCGCAUCGAUCGGCAGAAGGCUCGCAUCAAGAAAACGAUAAAGGAGCGCAUUCCGGCGGCACGCUUCAAUCGCAUGUCGCUCCCACCGAAGACCGGUUCGUUUCAGCUGUUUGUCGAUGGGUACAAGGAUGCCGAUUACUGGUUGCGCCGGUUCGAGCAGGAACCGCUGCCGACGCGACUGGGCCAAAAGUUCCAGCUACAGUUCGAGCGGCUGGUAGUGCUGGACUACAUCAUCCGCAACACGGAUCGAGGCAAUGACAAUUGGCUGAUAAAGUACGAUCAGCCGUCGAUCGUGCCAACCAGCCCGACUGCAACCAGCCCGAACGGUGUGAACGGGCUGGCGAAUGGGAUGAACGGUGGCGGAGGGUAUAUACCGCGCAGCAGCAGCCGUCUGGAGAUGAUGGAGCACACGGACUGGAAUCUUGUGCAACUGCCCGAAAUUAAGAUCGCGGCAAUCGAUAACGGGCUCGCGUUUCCGUUCAAACAUCCCGACUCGUGGCGCGCCUACCCGUACCACUGGGCCUGGUUGCCGCAGGCAAAGCAACCGUUCAGCCAGGACAUCAAGGAUCUGGUGCUGCCGUCGCUGUCCGAUCCUAACUUCUGCGAGGAGCUGUGCAACGAGCUGUACGAACUGUUCAAACAGGACAAGGGCUUCGACCGGGGCUUGUUCGAGCGGCAGAUGUCUGUGAUGCGCGGUCAGAUGUUGAACCUGACCCAAGCUUUAAAGGACGGCAAGAGCCCUGUGCAGCUGGUCCAGAUGCCGGCCGUCAUCGUCGAGAGAUCGAAGGUUAAUCCGGGAUCUUCGAGAUUUUUCUCAUUCCAGCAGCGCUUCCAAAACAAGAGCCCAUUCUUUUCCUGGUGUUAA